UCCAUUUUCAAAACAAAACAUUCACUCACUUUAUCUUAACCAACCCCUCAGGCCAAACGCCAAACACCAACUUUUUUUUUCUUCUUUCUCUCCUCUAGUUCCUAUUUGAGCAAGGCAUGAUGACGAUGAUGAAGAAAUUAGUGGGCCGUUUUAUUGAAAAUUAAACCUUAAUUAAUUAAAGGGUGUCGCGUUUUAUAUUUAAGGGUUAUGUGUGUUAUGGGAUCUACUGCAGAAUUGAGCUUGGAAUGUAAAGUUGAAAGUUAUUCAAUGUUGCUUAAAUAUUCAUUUGGAGAUCAUCAUGAUCAUGAUCAGUCUUAUGAUAAGCUUCAAGACUUUGUUUCUCGGCUUGAAGAAGAACAUCUCAAAAUUGAUGUCUUUAAACGGGAGCUUCCACUUUGCAUGCAGCUUUUAACUAAUGUUCAGCUGUUGAGACAUCGAGGCGACAGUUACAAGCAUGCAAAACGAUGGAGGCAGCGGCGGCCGCGGCAGCACCAACAGAGCCAAUUCUAGAAGAAUUCAUGCCAUUGAAAAACUCAACGCCGGCGGACGAUGAAAAAACGCCGACAAUAAGUUCCGACAAGGCAAAUUGGAUGACGUCAGUUCAGCUUUGGAGUCAAGCAGGCGACGUAAUAAGCAAACAACAAUCUGAAUCUACUGACGAUCACUCGAAAUUACAAGAUUGUAAUAAUAAUAAGGACAAUAAUUUAGAAACAUGCAGCCAAAGAAUCAAUAAUAGUGGAGCUUUUGUUCCUUUCAACAAAGAUCGGAGUUCCGGUCCAGCAGCGAAAAUGGAGUUAUUGGAGAAAGGUGAGAAGAAGAAUUGUAGCGAUAAUAAUAGUAAUAUUGAUGGUGGGGUUGUUAUGGCGGCGGAGCAAAGGUCUGAAAAUGGAGCAGCGGAGGCCGGAUCAGCUCCGACCACCACUCAGACUCACCGGAAAGCUAGACGGUGCUGGUCGCCGGACUUGCACCGGAGAUUUGUCAAUGCUCUUCAAAUGCUCGGUGGUUCUCAAGUUGCCACGCCAAAGCAGAUAAGAGAGUUGAUGAAAGUAGACGGUUUGACGAACGAUGAAGUAAAAAGCCAUCUCCAGAAAUACCGGCUCCACACGAGACGACCCGGUCCAACCCAACAAGCAUCAGGACCGCCAGCGGCUCAGCUCGUAGUACUCGGUUUAGGCGGUUUAUGGGUCCCACCAGAGUACGCUGCAGCGGCGGCGGCGCCCCCCGCCCUGUACGGCCCAGCGGCCACGUCUCAUCCGGCUUCCCACUUCUACACGCCGCCAGAAUUUUAUGCAAGAACGGCGCCGGCUCCUCAUCUGCAGCAUCAUCAUCAUCACCAAGUACAGUUAUACAAGGGGGCGCCGCCUCAGGCAACCCAAAGCUCCCCGGAAUCGGAGGUUAGGGACACGGCGGAACGGUCAGAGAGCUUCGAGGAGGAGAAAUCGGGGAGCACUAGCUGGAGAAUCGAGGGAGGGGAAAAUGCGAGAGGAUCUUGUGGGCGGAGAUCGGAGGAGAAUGAAGAAAGUAAUAAUAGAAGUGAAAUCACUCUCAAAUUCUGAUUAAUACAUAUAAUUCUAAUUAAAUAGACUAAUUAGUGCAUGAUUACAAUUUUUAUUUUUUUUAUUUUUUUUGGAAGAUUUAAGAGUUAUUUAUGUUAAUAUAUGUGUUUUAAUUUGAGAAAGAGAGCAAAAAAGGUUUCGGACGACUAAUUAAAGGAUGAUACCAAAUUUAGCUCUCAAUAUGUAAAACUUUAUUUUGUGGUAUUAAGUAUUUUUAAUAAAUUAGAAUAUGGUAUUUAAUUAGCU